AAUAAACGCGCUCCCUUCAACGUUCAACCAUCACCACCGUCCACGACCUCACGAGCUAUGGUUUCAUUGGAGACAUUAACCCCAUUCCAGGACAAACCGAUUGAGCCUCGGCAGUUUCAACUCAUUUCACUACGGAGCUUCACAGUAGCAAUGUACAUCUGCCAUUUUGAAUGGAUCUUUGGUCUCGAGUACGGUAGCUUCCCUUACAAUAGCGAACUCAAUACGAUGUUAGUAUCGAACGACAUCCGAGAGUAUCUCGAAGAAGGCUCGUUAAUUUUUAUUCCGACCGCCGGGGUUAUGGAGAAAGCGUAUGACAUGAUGAUUUAUAACGACAAUCGUUCUCGCGAACCUGACGAGCGCAAACGUUUUGAGGAGUUCGGUACAGGUCCAUGGGAGUAUACUAUCCUACCAGGACGUUGGGACAGAAAGACUAAGAAGAUACGGUCUCUACCGCCAUUAUUCAAUCGCUCACCCGACGGCAAUCUCACCCCCUUCCCUUUCGAGGACUGCGACUACGAUGCCCUUCCGCGGUUCACCUCUUUCGUUCAUCCCCUCAUAGUUAUCAUGUUAAACCGCAUCAAUAUGCCCAACAAUCAUCCCGCUUCAAUGGCUAUUCAGGAGAAACUCAUCGCGCCACUGAAGAAGGUUUUACGCAAGUGGCCACAAUGGCAACAUAACCGUUUCCUACCUAUGCCUAACACCAAAUUCAAGCGCGAAUACGAUGCAGGACAGAAAAUAAUUUGUCACUGCACGUUCUGUUCGAAAAAUGGUUCUAGCACCUCUACUGCCUCAUCACCCGAAUUGGCUGAUACAUGCACUGAUGAUGCGGAGGAAGUGGAGGAAGAAAGUCGCAUGGAGGAAUACAAGGAACUAUCUCGUAUAGCGAACGAGAGGAUCGCAGUAUGGAGAGGUUGUUUAGAGGGAGUUGUCUUCAUUCACGGUGAUGUCGAGCACGACGGUAUAUUAGACAGGUACGGUCAGGAGUGUACAGAUGCUGCCGACAAGGUGAUGCUCAGGCAGGAGGAAGAACGAGCCAAGCGAGAGAAACUGGCGGCAAAGCUACAGGGUGACUUUCCGUUGAACAAGAAAUCUAGACUUUCCUAACCGUUCAAACGUUCAUUCCCUGUUCAUCGUUUGUUAUUUCGCAUUAUAAUCCCUCUGUAUCUCUGCCCACGAGGAUCUUACUGCUUUCUGUAGUAGUUAUAUAUUAUUAUUAACAUGCCUUACUGCACAGCUACUCGAUUACGAUGAACAGAACCAGGAAACCAGAAGGAUUACUUCCAACGUUGAAGGAAUCGG